AUGACGGAAACUCAGAACCACCCUCAAGUGAAGAUCCCUUCGUUUAAAGAUAAGCUACUCAACGGUGGAAGUGCAACCUCUGAGGAAGAUGGAGAUAUUACCCUCGGUAAAGAUGAUGUUUCAUUUGAAGUAAACGAUGGCAUCCCAUCAAUUACUUUCUCGUCCCAAGUGCUGAGUGUUCUAGAUAAGAAGAUGGGUUUCUCCGUGGUUAUCAAACUACUUGGCCGUAAGAUUAGCUAUCGUCAGCUUCGCAUGCAGCUCCAGCUAAUCUGGCGACCUUUAAGACUGUUCCAGCUCAACGAUGUCGAUGAUGAAUGCUUCCUAGUUAAGUUCAGUAAUGAGGAAGAUUUUCAACGAAUUUUAACUACCGACCCUUGGGUUAUCUAUGGUCAUUACCUGACUGUUCAACCUUGGACUCCUUCCUUCAAGCCACAAGAACAUGUGAUCAAUCAUGUGAUUGGCUGGGUUCGUCUCCCUGGACUUCCUGCUAGAUAUUACCACAAGAGCAUCAUCCGUUCCAUUGGAGGUGUCUUCAGCAAUGUCCUAAAAGUUGAUUACAAUACUGAUUUUGGGGAUCGACGUAAGUUCGCUAGACUUGCUGUGUCCAUUGAUCUAACAAAGCCACUCAUCUCGAAGAUUAAAGUUGACGGAAAAAUCAUUUAUGUUGAAUAUGAGAGUCUCCCGAUGAUUUGUUUUCAAGGUGGAAGGUAUGGCCAUACAGAGGAACGUUGCCCAGAGAGAUUGGUCAUGCAAGAUGGAGCUGCUCAGUUGCAGCGGCAACCGGAGGUUGCUCCUCCACCACCCUUCGACGCGCGUGCGAAAUCCAAAUACGGCUCCUGGAUGAAGGUACCACCAAGGUACAAAAAGAGGUACGAAAGAAGUGGCCUGAAGAGAGGAGGUUUUUGCGUGAUGUGA